AUGAUGGAAUCAACAGAAAUUAAUGACGAAGAAGCAGCAAAACAGCAACUAGCUGCACAACCUGCAAAAAUUCCAACUCAUCCAGAUGAAGAAAAGAAUCUUCCACUACCGAAUAUUAUUCCUGAUGGUGUCUCACCAUUAAUACAACAUCCACUUGAUCCAUUAAAUGCUGAUGAAUUUAAUUUAACAACACGUUUACUUCAUGCAUCAAAAAUUUUCCAACCUCACAUGCGUAUUAUUACAAUUCUUCCGCAAGAACCUGAAGAUAAAAAUUAUGUUCUUAAUUAUAAAUCAAAAGAUCUAUUAGAACGACGUGCAGUCGCAACAAUUCGUGAUCCAAAAGGUCGAACAACUUAUGUAGCUAUUGUUGAUUUAAUAAAAAAAUCUAUUGAAAGUUUUACUGAAUUUAAUAAAGUUCAACCUAGUCUCACCUUUGAUGAGAUGAUCGAAGCUGAUGAUGCACUUCGUUCAAGUGAAGCUUUAUUAGCUGCAUUUGCAAAACGAAAUAUCCAAAUGGAUAAAGUUGUUUUUUAUCCAUUUGCAUCUGGUUAUCGUGAUGAACAAGAUGCAGCAUCGAAACGACGAAUAUUUCGUCCUUAUGCCGCUGUUAGAAAAUGGCCAGAAGAUAAUUAUUAUGCUCAUCAUAUUGACGGUCUUGUUAUCACUGUUGAUUUAGAUUCCUUUACUGUUGAUGUCGAAGAUCAUCUUGUUAUACCAGUAGCACCAAAAUCUGGUAAUUAUGAUCCAGAAGGUAUUACAUCACCUGAUAAUAUACCUUAUUUUCCUGAUGGUGUUCGAAAAGAUCUUAAACCACUUAUUAUUACACAACCUGAAGGUCCAUCAUUUCAAAUAGAUGGUUAUCAAAUAUCAUGGCAAAAAUGGCGUUUUAGAGUUGGAUAUAAUGUUCGUGAAGGUCUUACAAUCAAUAUGGUUGAAUACUUUGAUCAAAAUCGAUGGAGAUCUAUUUUUUAUCGAGCAGCUGUUAGCGAAAUGUGGGUACCAUAUGCUGAUGGUAGCCCUGCACAUAAUUAUAAAAAUGCAUUUGAUGUUGGUGAAGCUGGAAUGGGUUUAUUAGCCAAUAGUUUAGUACUAGGAUGUGAUUGUCUUGGUGAAAUUCGUUAUAUGGAUGCCGUUGUUAAUAAUAAUCAGGGCCAAGCCUUAUUAUUAAAAAAUGCUAUUUGUAUCCAUGAAGAAGAUACAGGACUACUUUGGAAACAUACUGAAUUUGUUGAACAACGUACUCAAUGUCGUCGUGCAAGACGUCUUGUUGUCUCAACUAUGUUGACAGUGGGUAAUUAUGAAUAUGGCUUAUUUUGGUAUUUUAUGCAAGAUGGUACUAUUCAAUUUGAAGUAAAACUUACUGGAAUUAUUGCACCAGGUGCAAUUGAAAACGGUAAAACACCGGUAUCUGGUGGAAUGAUAGCUGAAGGAUUAUAUGGCCCACAUCAUCAACAUUUUUUUAAUAUGCGUAUAGAUUGGAUUCUUGAUGGAGUAAAAAAUUCACUUGUUGAAGUUAAUUGUGAACCUAUACCGAAAGGAUCAGACAAUCCAGCUGGUAAUGCUUGGAUAGCUAAAGAAACAAUCUUAGAAACUGCUGGUGAAGCACAUCGAUUACAUGAUGCAACAAAAGGACGAUUUUGGAAAGUAAUUAAUUCUCAAGUUAAAAAUCAUGUUGAUCAACCAGUUGCUUAUAAGAUUGUUCCAUCAUCUCCAGCAUGUUAUCCAUUAUGUGAUUUAGAUUCUGGACAAGGUGGAAGAAGUGCAUUUGCUCGUUAUCAUUUAUGGGCAACACAAUAUCAUCCUGAUGAAUUUUAUGCAGCUGGUCUUUUUUCUAAUCAAGCUAAAGGUGAUGAAGAUGGUAUUGCAUUUUAUUGUCAAAAACAUAAAGAUGAUUCAUUAGUUAAUUGUGAUCUUGUUACUUGGUAUACAUUUGGUAUUAAUCAUAUUGUUCGAGCUGAGGAUUGGCCUGUUAUGCCUGUUGAAACUGUUGGAUUUCGUUUGCAACCUGUUGGAUUCUUUGCUGGUAGUCCUGCAAUGGAUGUACCACCACCGAUUGCUAAGAUAUGUACUGCUGAAGCAUGUGCACAUCAUUAA